GCUGAAUUAAUUUCUUCUCGGUAUAAAAAACCGACAUCGACAAGCACCAUACCACUUAUAGUGAAUGUUCAUCUGUGGAGCCCAGCUAUGGCAGACCAAACUUCAAUACUAGCAGUUGUGAUACUAGCAGUCGGUGUGACUGUACACUUCUCUCUGCACAAGGUUGAGGAGGGAUAUGUGGGAGUGUACUAUAGAGGCGGAGCUUUGCUGCCAAUAACCAGUCAACCGGGUUUCCACAUGAUGAUACCACUCUUAACAUCAUAUAAGGCUAUUCAGACAACAUUGCAGACAGACGAGGUGAAAAAUGUACCAUGUGGUACGAGUGGUGGUGUGAUGAUAUAUUUUGAGAGGAUUGAAGUGGUUAACAAACUGGAACCCCAUAGUGUAUUAGACGUCGUACGAAACUUCACUGCCGAAUAUGAUAAGACUUUGAUAUACAAUAAGGUUCAUCAUGAGCUAAAUCAGUUCUGCAGUGCUCACACUUUACAUGAAGUGUACAUUGACUUGUUUGACCAGAUAGACGAAAAUCUUAGUACAGCCUUACAAAAUGAUUUAAACCAAAUGGCUCCUGGGCUGAUGGUGAAGGGGGUGCGCGUGACGAAACCAAAAAUACCUGAAUCUAUCAGAAAGAACUAUGAGCUGAUGGAGGCUGAGAAAUCCAAGUUCCUCAUUGCUGAACAACAUCAAAAAGUUGUCGAAAAAGAAGCCGAGACUGCUCGCAGGAAGGCAGUCAUUGAAGCGGAAAAGGAGGCGCACGUAGCCAAAAUUCAAUAUGAACAGAAGAUUAUGGAGAAAGAGUCAUUGCAGAAAAUCGAAUUAAUAGAAGACAACAUCCACAGGGCCAAGCAGCAGACGAAAGCCGAGGCAGAUUUCUAUCAUCUGAAGAAGCAAGCUGAGGCGAAUAAGGCUCUGCUCACAAAAGAAUACCUGGAACUAAAGAAAUAUGAGGCUCUAGCUAAUAACAAUAAGAUCUACUUUGGAAACGACAUUCCAAACAUGUUUCUGCAAGCCACUGUCGGUGAAUUACCUAAGAGUGUGAAAGUUGAAUGAGUAAUAAUUACUUUUUCCCCGAAAAAGCUACUAGUCAUUAAUCAGUUACUGCCAUAUUAAUAAACGAAAAAUAAGAUUAUUAAAGGUGAUCGCACACUUAUCAGCACGAACGCGCCGCAUUUUGGAAUUUCUUAUAUGA